AUGGGAGACACAGAAUGCAGAAACCAAAUGACCAUCCCAGAAUUAAUUCUCCUGGGAUUCGGGGAUCUCUCUGACCUUCAAGUUCUCCUUUUUCUAAUGUUCCUAGUGAUCUAUAUUGCAACUGUGGCUGGGAACACUCUCAUUGUGGUGCUUGUUGUGACAGAUCAGCACCUUCACACCCCAAUGUACUUCUUCCUGGGCAACUUGUCCUACUUAGAGACCUGCUAUACCUCGACCUUCCUCCCCAGGUUAUUGGCCAGUCUCCUGACUGGGAACAGAACCAUCUCAUUUAUUGGCUGCUUCACACAAAUGUAUUUCUUUGGUUCUCUGGCAGCUACAGAAUGCUAUCUCCUAGCAGCAAUGUCUUAUGAUCGGUAUUUAGCGAUAUGUAAGCCCCUGCACUAUUCAACUCUUAUGAAUAAGAGGUUUUGCCUCCAUUUGGCUGCUGGAUCAUGGUUGAAUGGUUGUUUGGCUACUUCCAUCUUUAUAUUAUUCAUGUCAUCAUUAAUAUUCUGUGGCCCGAAUGAAAUUGACCACUGCUAUUGUGACCCCAUCCCAUUGAUAAAACUCUCCUGCAGUGACACACACCUGAUCAUAUUGAUGGAUUUCAUACUAGCCUGUGUAUUCACCCUGCCUCCAUUCCUACUAACCCUGACUUCCUAUGUGUGUAUCAUUGCCACCAUCAUGAAAAUCCCUUCCACCACCGGGAGGCAGAAGGCCUUUUCUACCUGCUCCUCUCACCUCUUCGUGGUAACAAUUUUCUAUGGCACAAUAAUGAUUGUCUACAUGCUACCAAAACGUGAUAAACUUAGAGACCUGAAGAAAGUGCUCUCUCUUUGCUACACGGUUCUGACUCCCCUGGUAAACCCCCUCAUCUACAGCCUGAGAAACAGAGAGGUCAAGGAAGCCUUGUGCAAAGCAGUAACUCCAGGUCUCUUCACUGAGAAAACACAGUUUUUGAAGAAGAAAUUGGAGAGACAAAAACCUCAGCUGAAGAACCUGAAUCCUGACUACCAAAUGCUAAGAAAUAAGAGCUCAUCUCUUCAAGCUUGGGCUGUGCUGUGGUUACAGACUCAACCCAUGGCAGACAGAAACCAGAGAAACCAAACGGCUGUCACAGAAUUUAUCCUUCUGGGAUUCGCGGAUCUCCCUGACCUACAAAUUGUUCUCUUCCUGAUGUUCCUAGUGAUUUACAUGGCAACCGUGGCCGGGAACAUGCUGAUCACUGCAAUAGUUGUGGCUGAUCAGCACCUUCACACCCCUAUGUACUUCCUCCUGGGGAACUUGUCCUGCUUGGAGACCUGCUACACUUCCACCAUCCUGCCCAGGAUGCUGGUCAGUCUCCUGACUGGGGACAAAACCAUCUCAUUCAAUGGCUGUUUCUCACAACUGUAUUUCUUUUCUGCUCUGGUAGGUACAGAAUGCUGUCUCCUAGCAGCCAUGUCUUAUGAUCGGUAUUUAGCAAUAUGUAAACCCCUGCACUAUUCAACUCUUAUGAAUAACAGGUUUUGCUUCCAGUUGGCUGCUGGGUCAUGGUUAAAUGCUUGUUUGGCUAUUACAAUCUUUGUCUUAUUCCUAUCACAGUUAACAUUCUGUGGCCCGAAUGAAAUUGACCAUUUCUAUUGUGAUCCCAUCCCACUGAUGGAACUCUCCUGCAGUGACACACACCUGAGCAUAUUGGUGGAUUUCAUACUAGCCUGUGUAUUCACCUUGCCUCCAUUCCUACUAACCCUGACGUCCUACGUGUUUAUCCUUGCCAACAUCCUGAGAAUCUCUUCCACCACCGGGAGACAAAAGGCCUUUUCUACCUGCUCCUCUCACCUCAUGGUGGUGACAAUUUUUUAUGGAACCAUGAUGAUUUUCUACAUGCUACCGAAACGUGAUACACUCAGAGAUCUGAAGAAAGUGCUUUCUCUUUGCUUCACAGUCCUAACUCCCCUGGUAAACCCCCUCAUAUACAGCCUGAGAAACAGAGAGGUCAAGGAAGCCUUAAGCAAAGCAGUUG